ACGGGUGUUUAGAGUUCUCCGCCGGCGGGCAAUAUGCUGUUACCACGUUAUAGUUCAGCCACAUUAGCCUACGGCACAAGAGGAAAAUCUGCAAGGGAAGUACCCAGUCAAGGCUUUCGAGUUACAGCAAGCCCUCAUCCCCAUUCUUGAGUUCAGGGGGACAUUCAUCUUGACGGGACAUCAUAACCUACACUAGACACCGCGUCGAAUGCGUUGUCCGCGACACCCUUGCGAGUCUCCUGACAAAUGCGCACCUGCAGUUUCUACCUGGCUUUAUCGUCAGAGGAUCUCUCACAGUUGAUAGUGCGUUAAUGUUUAGUUAGCGUACUUGUCUAUGACUUGCCACAAAUGGAAAGUGCCGGAGGAGUACUAUGGUGCUUGUCAGACUAACUAUCAACUGUGCGUGAUGCCAGCGCAGAAAUUACGGGAUACAAAACCAGCCUGUAAUAGUCUUCGCUAAAUAACACUGACGAGUUAUCGGGCAUAUAUUUGACGUGUCGCCACUCCAGAAGUUGUUCCAAUCCAAGUGAUCUACGCUUCUCGCCUCGGCCGUUUGCUCCACAUAUUUCCUGCUUUGUAAGCCAACCGGACUACCUGGAAAGGGUGUGCUGCUCUCAACUCGAUUAGGCUACAACAGGCUCGGAAGUGAACGAGAGGACGAUGAAUGAGGAUACCACAGUCUUCAAGACCGAGGAAAGCCGCACAGCCUGUUAGGUCGUCAUGAGACAUUUUGUAGAUCUCGAAACUUCACCGAAUUCUUUGAUACAUCAAGUUCUUUUACGCUCCAGGUAGACACGUGCUAUAUCCUGCAGAAGUUUCCUCACCAUGGCUUGUCGACACUUCACACAUUCAGCCUGUGGCUGGAAUGGUUCGGUGGGGAGAAGACUGGUUACAGUAACACUGGUAGGGGUGUUUUUAGUGGGUACAGUGUUGCCGCUUGGCGCAGCCAGCUCUCCAGAAAUCCCCACCGGUGAUUUGAACGGACACCAUACCCCACAUCAACCUAGCAACGACCAUGACGGUCACGCCAGUCACAACACAUCUAAAAAGGCCUUUCCCGUCCUGUCCUUCGAUUUCGAGCGUAUAGGGAUGCCGUUUGAAAUAUCACUAUGGGUACUGUUGGCCUCCUUGAUGAAGUUGGGUUUCCACCUGACGCCGCGUCUGUCCGGCAUCGUGCCCGAGAGCUGCCUGCUGAUCGUGGUGGGGCUGCUGGUGGGCGGCCUGAUCAAGGUGGUGGGCCAGAAGCCGCCCGUGCUGGAGUCCAACCUCUUCUUCCUGUGCCUGCUGCCGCCCAUCAUCCUGGACGCCGGCUACUUCCUGCCCAUCCGCCCCUUCACCGAGAACAUGGGCACCAUCCUGAUCUUCGCCGUGGUGGGCACGCUGUGGAACGCCUUCUUCGUGGGCGGCGCGCUCUACGGCAUCUGCCAGCUGGAGGGGCUGCACCUGAAGGACUACGACCUGCUCUCGUGCCUGCUGUUCGGCUCCAUCAUCUCGGCCGUGGACCCGGUGGCCGUGCUGGCCGUCUUCGAGGAGAUCCACAUCAACGAGCUGCUGCACAUCCUCGUGUUCGGCGAGUCGCUGCUCAACGACGCCGUCACCGUGGUGCUGUACCAUCUCUUUGAGGAGUUUGCCGGCGUUGGCACGGUGACGAUGGUGGACGUGCUGCUGGGCAUCGUGUGCUUCCUGGUGGUGUCGCUGGGCGGCAUCCUGGUGGGCGCCAUCUACGGCAUCCUGGCGGCGUUCACGUCGCGCUUCACCUCGCACACGCGCGUCAUCGAGCCACUCUUCGUCUUCCUCUACAGCUACAUGGCCUACCUGUCCGCCGAGGUCUUCCACCUCUCCGGCAUCAUGGCGCUGAUUGCCUGCGGAGUGGUGAUGCGACCCUACGUGGAGGCCAACAUAUCCCACAAGUCCCACACCACCAUCAAGUACUUCCUGAAGAUGUGGAGCAGCGUCAGCGAGACGCUCAUCUUCAUCUUCCUGGGCGUGUCCACUGUUGCCGGGGACCAUUCCUGGAACUGGACCUUUGUCACGUCUACAGUUCUCCUGUCUCUAGUUGCCAGAGUUCUCGGGGUGGUUGGCCUGACCUUUGUCAUCAACAAGUUCCGUAUCGUCAAACUCACCACCAAGGACCAGUUCAUUAUCGCCUACGGUGGCCUGCGAGGGGCAAUUGCCUUCUCUUUGGGUUACCUGCUGGAUAAAGUCCACUUCCCCAUGAGGAACAUGUUCCUGACAGCGAUCAUCACCGUCAUCUUCUUCACUGUGUUUGUGCAGGGCAUGACCAUAAGGCCCCUAGUGGACCUGCUGGCUGUGAAGAAGAAGCAAGAAACCAAGCGCUCAAUCAACGAAGAGAUACACACACAGUUCCUGGACCACCUCCUAACGGGCAUUGAGGACAUCUGUGGCCAUUAUGGCCACCACCACUGGAAGGACAAGAUGAACCGCUUCAAUAAGAAGUAUGUGAAGAAGUGUCUGAUCGCGGGCGAGCGCUCCAAGGAGCCUCAGCUCAUCGCCUUCUACCACAAGAUGGAGAUGAAGCACGCCAUCGAGCUGGUGGAGAGCGGCGGCAACGUCAAGCUGCCCUCCGCCUUGCCCUCCACCGUCUCCAUGCAGAACAUCCAGCCCAAGAAGCCACCAGAGAGGGCCCUGCCCCAGAUACCCAAAGGCCGUGAGGAGGAGAUCCGGAAGAUUCUGCGGACCAACCUCCAGAAGACACGGCAAAGGCUCCAGUCGUACAACAGACACACGCUGGUGGCGGACCCCUACGAGGACGGCUGGGGCGAUGUCCUCAUUAAGAGGAAGAAGGUGAUUGAGCUGGAGAAGAAGAUUAACCAGAUGAGCAAUUACCUCACGGUGCCUGCUGGGCCCCCAGAAUCCCCCACUCUCUCCAGGGCCCGACUGUCAUCCGAUCCUCAGGCUUGGAGCAUGAAACCCGACUCCGACGGCGUCCCCGCCAUACAGGUGGACCUGGCGUCUCCUCAGUCUCCCCCCGACACCGUCAACAUCACGGACGAGUUCGGCAAGCGCUCCGGCCCGCCCGCCGAAGAGGACGGCCUGGUGAUGAAGCGUCCGCAUCCGCCGCCGUCCCUCUCCGUCACCGCGGCGACAAAGGAGGAGAAGGGAGGGAGGAAGACGCUGCAGCCGGAAGAGGAGGAGGAGGAAGGCAGAGACCCGCAGCGUCUGAUACGUUGCCUUAGCGACCCGGGCCCAAGUGCUGAGGAGGAGGAGGAGGACGAACCGUUCCUGCCCUGAGAAUGAGCUUCUUUUGGCGGAGGUUCAGAGCACCAUCAUAUCUGCCUACCACCGCACCCUUUUUUCCUGUGUUAUGGUGGAAGAUGGAGGAGCACGAUGUGUGUAAGACCCUCACUCUCUCUAAAGCGCGACAGAAAGCCCAAAACUCAAACUUACUAAGAAAAGGCACCCAUGAACCUAAACCCAGGAAAGUGUGGGCUUCAGGGAGGUGAAGAGGAGAGAUCAAAAAUAGCUAUUUAUUUUUAGCAUUGCCAUUGUUCUUGAUUAUUUUCCUUUUUUUACAUCGGAAGGAAAUGGAUGCUGCUAUUUGGGAGAUCAUGUUGAUUUUUUUGGUGUCGGUUGAUGAUCCCCAGCGGUGGAAGGGGAAUAAACCUAUGCAUUACCAAAGGUUCGGACUGUUUUGGUCUCAGACUACUGUACUCUUGUGGUCAGUCUUUGAUGGUCUGCUCCUAACCCUAGCGUUUCACAGUUCUGAAUUUACUUUGCCUUUUUGUCUACACUAGGCAGAUCUCUUCACCAAGUGCUUUUUAUUCAUUUUAUUCUUUAUGAUACUUACAGUAGUUUCUCUUGUUUUCGUGGAGUCCCCUGGAGCAAUAUUAUAAUAGUGGUCUAACUAUUUUUUUUUCCUCUUUCUCAAUUUUAAUCCCCUGCCAGUGUGUAGCGUAAAGGCCAGUGAGAAGAGCGGAGGUGUUUUGAGGAAAAUCUGAGAUGCUUCUCUUUUGUUUUGAUGCGACACACACACACACACACACACACGUGCACACACACACACAAACACACACACUUGUGCACAGGGAUAUAGAGAGACCAGUGUGUGUUUGGUGUAAAGUAUAGUGUAGUGUAGUAGACCCGUGAUGAAGAUGCCAUCAUCAAUGUCUACAGCAUUCUCUGUUGUCCACCAUUAAAUCUUCCUCUUUACUUAGCAAACAGCAGAAGUCAUGUUGAACCCAGAGAUCACAGCAUCCAAAUUCAGACUUUGCACGUCAUCGCUGAUCAUACCAAAAGAAUCAAUUUAUUUUCUAAAGCUUUGUCUCUUUUUGAAAAUGUGUUUUUCUUUGUGCCUUUUGAUUAUUCAUGGUGGUUACGGGGGUUUGUUGCUAUUGCUUAUUUAAUGCUUAUAAUGAACGCUGAUCGUUUUGAUGAUUCUGUUGCAUUGUGUGCACUUCUCACAUCCAUCUGGCGUUCUGUUUGUGGUGAAUGGUGUUUUGUCUCACAAGUCGUUUAUCACCAUCAUCGGCAGCCUCUUUCUUCAUUGCUUGAAGUCACUCAAACGGUUUGGCGAGCUGCUGCCGCAACUUGUGCAAUGAUUGAAGCGCGUCACUCGCAAAUAUUUUUUAAUUACUUUUGUCAUUACGUCUAAUCUCUCUUGUGUACUCUUAAGCUUUCGUCUGUCUUAAUCACCUCGAUGUUGUUUGUCCACAAACCGAUUGUUGACUCUCGAUACUUGAAUUGUAUUCCGAGUUGAAAUACGUGGAUUACAGACCUGUUCAUCUGAUUGUUUCACACAUUCUAAUUGCCACCGGUUACUUUUAAAGACUGGGAGCAGACAAAGCUAUUUACGUGCAAAGAACACAACUAUAGACCUGAAUGCAAAACACAAGCCAUCAGUUACUCUCAGCUCCGCUAUGGAAGUAUCCAUAUGGCUGUCUAGGUUUGAUGCAUGUUCUCCAGAAACACAAUGACCGUACAAUGUAUUCAUUAUCUUGAUUGGAUGAGUCAUUUUUUUUCCCCUACAGUACUGUCACGUUUGCAUCCACAGUCUUGAAAAGCUCGUCACAUUAAUGAGACAAUGUGUACAAGCAUCUAUGCAGUACAGUGAUCACGGAUGUAAACGUGUUUAAAGAGAUUACUUAUGUACACUCACAAUGCCCUUUAAAACUGUAAUAUAAGAGUCAAAUAUCUAGUAUCAGUAUGACCAAGUGCCCAGCUGCUCCUAUACGAAGACUAAGGAGUCCUUAGCAUUUAACUUGACUACAGAUAUGUUUUUCUCCAGGCUGAACCGUCUAACCUGAAGCAAAACAAUCCAUUUUGCACAUGUAUAGAUGUAUAGUAGUCUCCUCAAUUAUAAUAUCUGAUAUCUCAAGGUGUAUUCAUGCCAUGUCCAAUCAAAAGGAUUGAAAGUCUUGCAGGCGGGCUACACCAGGCACGCAACUGAGGCGUUCCGUUCACAGAGAGUAUACAGCAACAAUUAGCUUUCACUAUAGUCAAUGGAACUGGCUACAGUAGAUGUGUUAGCAGCAUGCACAUUCGCAAAUUAACGCCAGAAGUAUUCUUAUUCACUUAUUCUCCCCAAACAGAACGCUUUAAGAGCCUACCAGGUGUAGCCCGGCUGUUAGGAUGCCUAUCGUCAUUUUGAAAAUAUUUUUGCAUUACCAAAAACAGAAGAACAAUAUCUACCAUCCUGACUGAAUGACAAGUAAUUGUGCAUAUCAUCAUUUCAUAUCACUGUUGAGUAAUGGCAGUCUAAUGGAACCUGCCAUUUAGUUUGCAUUCCCAUCCGAUGUCAUGGUGGUCAUCACAAACAGGACUUAACUCCUGUCUUCUCUGUAAAGAAAGCCAAAGACUGUUUUUUUCUGAAGGCCUGUUUGACCUAAGUGGGGUGAUGAGUGGACGGGUGAGACUAGAUCAUUGUGACCGCCGAAGUCUUUGAGAACAGAAGUAGCUUCAACAACACUUGGCUAUGGAGGAAGUCUCUGGCAACAGAAGAGAACCUAAAGGCUGUAGGUGCUGUAGGAGCUAACUCUUUUUUUUUUUUUUUUUUUUUUAUAUUUUUUUGGCCAUUUUAUGACUUUAUUGACAGUGACAGUGGAGAAAGACAGGAAGUGAAUGGGAGAGAGAGCGGGGGUGGGAUCCGGAAGGGACCACGGGGCGGGAAUCGAACCCGGGUCGCCGGCGUGCGGUGCAGGUGCCCCAGCCAGUUGUGUCACGGCUGGGGCCUGUAGUAGCUAACUCUUAAAGGAACACCAACAUUUUGGGAAAUGAGCUUUUUCAAGGUGUUCCCCAGAGUGAGAUGAGAUGAUACACACCCCUCUCGGUCUCUGUGUGUGCAGUUACUGAGUUUGAUGCCCCCACCGUUAGCCUAGCUCAUGGAGAUGGGCAGAGCCAGUCUGUAGUCUAUAGCUCCUAAAAGACCUCGAAUAAGCUAAUUUCCCCAAAUGCUGGUGUGUUCCUUUAACACUUUAGAGACACAGAGAGCAAGAGAGAGGAGAGAGAGGAGAGAAAGAGAGAGAGGAGAGAUGCAAAAAGAUUGCAAGAGAAGAGAAAAAAGCAAAAUGAAGGAGGAGAGAGGAGAGCUUGUUUUUGUUCCUGGAUCUGUGCCCAGCUCGUGUUGGUCACUCUCUGAUGUAACAUGAGAAGGACGCAAAGUCUUUGUAGCCAUUUUGGACUUUGGGACAAUGUCAGGCCACAAUAUAAAAAAGACGCCACAGUCUCUUCUUGUUUUCUUUUUCAUCCUCCCUUCCACUCCUCCAUAUCCUGUCUUCUUCUCCCCCGGCACCCUCCCCCGGGGCAUACUAACUGAGGGAAGGUUGAAUUGAUUUAAGCCUCCAUGUUCCAUCACUGCUCCCAAUUAAAUUAAAUGCUCAAAUGCCAAACUAAAGCCAGUUGGGUAGCACUCACAGAACAGGCAACAGGCAAGGUCAGCUGUGUGUGUGUGUGUGUGUGUGUGUGUGUGUGUGUGUGUGUGUGUGUGUGUGUGUGUGUGUGUGUGUGUGUGUUUGUGUGUGUGUGUGUGUGUGUAUGUGUGUGUGUGUGUGUGUGUGUGUGUGUGUCUGCGCGAGUAGUGCAUGUUGAUGUGAUCUUCACAGCCCACAAAUAGAGAUAUUUUGAUGACACAGCACUAGAUCAGGACGGAUGUCAUAUUCCUUACUGUUUAAAUUUGGUUUUGAGAGUCAGCCUUUGACACCUGUCAAAAGAUUUCUUUUGAAAGCUAAGCUGUUACAGUCCUCUCUGCAGUGCAAUGUAUCAUAAAACAUGGCAGCCGAGCCAAGAUUGGUCCAUUUGGUUGUAUAUGACCACAUCCUCCCAGCUCAGUUUCUAUGAGAGGUUUCUGCUGAAGCUUGGAACAGCUUGUGGUAUCCUAACAACAUGACAGGAAUGAUGUAACUAACCUCAUGUUGUUCUCGCACUUGCUAAUAGAGUCCACACCCUCCCUCCCCUCCCCCCCACACACACACCACCAGCCUGUCACAUACUGUACGCACACACACACACACACACACACACACACACACACGCAGACACAAGGUCUUUACGAGUGGUCUGGCCUGUUAAAGGCCUGUCCCGUGGUAGCUCCACUGAACCAGGCCCAGGAGAGCAUUUCCAAGAGGCUUUUUGUUUGAGCUCUGUGAAGCCAGAGUGGAAGCCGGCCACUUCAAAGUCAGUCAGCAACCCACAAUGCCCUUCACCACUCUCUUUUCUCUCUUUGUCUCAUUCUCUCCAUCACUCUCUCUUUUCCAUUCUCACUCCCUAUUACUCUCCUUGUCCCCCUCCUCCUACACUUUCACUUUCCAUAAAUCUCUGUUUUUAUUGCUUUUCAGUUUUUUGUCUUCUCCCCAUGUCAUCUCUCCUCAGACUUCUCUCUCAAUCCAUCGCUCUGUUUUUUUUUUUUUUUUUUUCUCGCCCGUUUUUCCUAACGUCCCAAAAUGUCCGAGGGGUAUUCUCUGCCAGACACUUCAAAGUGCAUUUUCAUGCUCUGUCCAGGCCGCGCUGAGUUGUCCUAAAUAGGCAACCCAGGGACUCUUGUUUCUGAGGCUCAGCGAUCGAUCUCAAACUGUUCACCCGACUUCACCUCGCACCAGUGGUGCACUGUGUCUCCAUUUGUUUUCUUGCUUUUAUUGUCGUCCCUGAAGCUGAACCCACGUGUUUUUGAUCUCCAUACAUUUUGGGAGUUGUGGCUUUGUGUAAAAAGGUUUUUUGUUUACUCUAGGUUCAUGUUUUUUUAUGUACUUCUUGAGCUUUAUUUCUUUCAGGACUUCAUUUGCUUUUGUCAAUGAUUAGAUUACUGUACAUUUACUGUCUUGCUGUAUUGUGUUUUUGUUGUUGUUUCUGUGGUGGUGUCUAUGUACCUCAUGUGGCAUCUUUAUAGCCGCUAUAUGUAUGUUGUGGGAGUGGAGGCCUUGUGGCAGGCCUGGGCCCUGAUGUUUAGCUCUGUCUGGGGACAGGAUGAAGUGGUCCCAGAGGAGGUGAAAAGGGUCAGGCUUUACUUGGCCAGCCUCUCCACACCUCUCGGCGUCAUUUACCUGCCGGGCUUGGGAAACCGUUUUAUCUUUCAGAUUCCCUCUCGCAGGUAAUUUAACCGGAGAUAUCAGGGACCAUUCACCAAAUCUGCGUUAUCGCGCCAAUUUUGGUCUCGAUAACGCAGGGUUGGACUCUCAAAAAGGAAAACGUAUCAAAGGCCUUUUUUUAGUUCAACUGGAUCUGUGGCUGUGUUGUGCAGAUGGAUAGAUUGAUUAGAUGGAUGAAUGGGCUGUCAGUUGUCUCCUUGAGGGAGAGAGGUGUUAUUCUGAUCCCCCAUUCUAUUCUCAAAGCUAUCAGUGCGGCACAGGGAUCUUAUAUACGAGCUCAGAUUAGUUGUUCUGUAGAUAAGAGUUGCUCGGAGACUUUAAUAAGACUUUCUGUUUUUGAAAUCAAAUCUGUCAUCUGUCCGCCAACUACAUUUGUCCCAGACAAACUCAGAACUCGCGGCAGGCUGUCAUUAGUGCUCAAAUGUGCAUGGGUGGAUGUAACAACACGUUGGUAGGCUUUUAAAAAUGUAGUCAGAUCUCAAGGUGCUAGCGCGUGCUAUGACUAUGACAGAAAAUCAACCCACCUGUCGUCUUGCGCACCCCUGAAGGCUUAUCUUUCACGCAUCACUGUGGGAGCUCCCUGUGAAUGAUCACCAUCGUGACUGAUUGAUUGGGCAUAAUGAACAUCAUCAGGUUUGCCUCUGAAUGCCAUAUGUACAGCAGCAGGCACCACCACCGCCACCACUAUCCCCCACCACGAGAGCAGCUGCAGACUGGGGCGACUCUGGGCCAGAAGUGGCCCGGAUCCGCCACAGAUCGGGGCCAGAUCCCACGAUCCCACGUGGUGCUGCAGCUCAGGCCUCUCGGUGGUAACUAACCCUCUGAAGACUUGUCGGUCUCUGUCGCUCUCUUUCACUCCUGCUUUGUCUUUGUGCCUCCUCUCGCACCCAGUGGAGGGUAAUCUAACCUACGCACUUUAAAAAACACAGCCAUGAAAAAAAUAUGUAAUGAAACUGUACCUUUAAGUGAAACACAGCUCAUGGACAUUAAACAAUACAGCAAUAAUUGGCUUUGCAUAGCAUAGAGCUUACGUAUCUAUCUCUAUAUAUAUACAUUAUAUAUAGCAUGGUUCAUCUGUUGAAUGCAGCUGAAGUGGUGUUGACUUUUCAGACAUAGCGGAGGAGCAGGUGCGUAUUAGUCUGAGGCUUCACUGGGAUGGGGAGAGGUGCUGUGGCCUACUGUCAUUCUUUUCCUGUUGUUUUUAAUCGGCCUCAUCCACGGCUACGUCUGUCCACAGGCCAUCUGUAUGACCACAGUGAAGUGAGGCGUUGUCAUGGUUUCACAGGUCUUCUGAUUUUCCUCAUUCUUCUUCUUCUCAUUCUUGUGAUUUAACAACAAAUUGUUCUUGUGAUGUGCAUCAUUGUAUAUUGCAAUAAAAUUCAAACAGAUUGUUUUUUUUUAUUUUAUAUACAAAUGAAUAUAUCUAAGAUGUUAUAAGAGUCCUAUAUAAAAGGGUAUGAAUCAAACUGCAUCAAAGUGAAAAUAACACUAUGAAAAGGUGUACACUGUGUUGUCGACUAACAUAGCUUCAGCAUUCCAAUCUUGUAUUUUGGAAACUAUUGUACAGUCCCAAAAUGGAGAAUAUACCAAAUUAAAGAUUUAAUUUGUAAAAGAC